AUGCAUACCUUCCCAGCUACCGACUUAUCAGCAGUCUGCCCGCUAACCUUUAUACCGCUCGGGGUGUCACACGCAGUUGUCCAUGGCUUUGGUGUGCUAGCACCAAAUGGACCCGCCGACAAUUAUGUAAGGACGCAGAUUGCGGGAGAGCUGGUUUACAUCACGUUGGACAAUGUGGAUCAGUGGUUGAUUCGCGACAGCUACGGUGUGCUGAUACCGCUCAUGGGCGGCUACAAACCACCCAAAACGGACUCGGGAGGCACACCUGUAACUCCUGGAUCCGCCGUACAGUUGGACUGCCUCUACAAAGUGAGCACUGGCGACUGCACGCCCGAUAACUCGACAAUCCUUACCAUCAUCUCCGUUGCACCGGGGCCCCCCUCAACCCUCGGGACAGCCAUAUUCCAGAGCCUGCUAGUCAUGAUCAUCGAUUACACUGACUGUGGCCUGCCAGCAACGAUAAAUGAGACCGAAAUCCGGACCCUCUACCUGGGCCCGAAUGGGGAUGGCAAUGGGGGCCUUGCCGACAAGUACACACAGUGCUCCUAUGGAAGGUUCGGGCUCAACAUAACCGCCUUUCGGGUGGUACGUGUGAGGCAUCAAUGUUCGACACCUAUCACGACUACAUGUGCCGCCUGGGCAAUCUCGGCUCUGGCAGACACUGCCACCAAGGCCCUCAUCGGCACUGUAGCCUUCUCAUCCUUCAGCCACUACACCUACAUAGUGCCACCGGGCCUUCAACCAGUGUGCCCCUGGUCAGGGCUGGCAGUAUUGCCGGGCCGACAGACCUUCCUGCAGACAUCAGCCAAUGGAGUGUACAGAUGGGCAACAGUAAUGCAGGAGGCCAUACACAACUAUGGGCUAUGGCACUCUUGGCAAAACGGCACAGAGUAUGGCGACUACUCCACAACUAUGGGCCGUGGUGACGCUUGCCCCAACGCUGCGGAGAUCUCCCGCAUGGGCUGGGCCACACCUGCGGUCGGAGGUGACCAGCUGAACAGCAGUGCCUUGCUGCCAGGCACAGCUCGGACCUUUACACUGCCUGCCACCUACCUGACUGGCAACAACAACUACGUGCGGGUGACUCCCGAUUGGCUACCUGUCUACAACAAUACAUUAACGGGUCGAAACCUUUACAUCGCCGUCCGUGUUGCCAAGAAUGUCGAUGCUGGCCUAAGCAACACCAUAUAUGCAUCCAAGGUCAACAUCCACGAAGUAAAUGCAACCAUGGACAAUGGCUACCCCACGACCUUCACAAACAGCGACCGCAAAAUCCAGUUCAUCAACACCGUCGAUCCCAUGUCGCAGUUGGCAAUGGGCGCCUAUCAGUUGGUCGUGUAUGGGGGCUCCUGGGUCGGUACGGACACCCUGAGGGUGCACCUCUGCCGCUUCUUGGCCUCACCCUCGGAGUGCCCUUCCCUAAGCACCCUGGAAGUCCAGCCACCGCCGCCUACCCCUUCACCGCGUCCCCCCAGCCCGUCACCACCCCCAUUCCGGCCCCCUGUGCCGUCGCCACCUCCUUCAACCCGACCCCCCACUGUGCGACCGCCUCCCUCCCCAAGGCCACCCCCCAGGACGCCACCUACUCCUUCAAUCCAGCUCCUCAUGCCACCACCACCUCCCUCACCCCAGCCCCCCGUGUUACCACCACCUCCCUCACCCCAGCCACCUGUGCCACCACCACCACCACCACCACCUCCUUCCCCCCAGCCACCUGUGCCACCACCACCUCCUUCCCCCCAGCCACCUGUGCCACCACCACCUCCUUCCCCCCAGCCACCUGUGCCACCACCACCUCCCUCACCCCAGCCCCCCGUGCCACCACCACCCUCAACCAGGCCACCCAUGAAACCACCGCCUAGUCCGCCUACACUGAGGCCACCACCGCGUAGCCCAUCCCCACCCUCGCCAAAACUGUCAUCUCCUUGCUCGCCACCUCCGCGUCCACCACCACCAAGGCCGCCACCCCGUAGCCCACCGCCAGGCCCACCACCACCUAGGCCGCCACCACCUAAGCCGCCGCCUCCUAGGCCAUCUCCCUCUAGCUUGAAGCCACCUAGUUCUCCCCCACCACGCAGUCCAUCACCCUCACCACCAUUCAUGCCUUUAUCUCCCACCGUGGCACCGCUGUUUUCCACCUGGCCUCCACCGGCGGAAGCGAGUAAGUGGGUUUCUCGUGGGGACCUCAACCAUGUACAUAACCAGUGA